UGAUUUGAACAGCAUGGCCUUAAAAUUUGCUGCAAACUUAUCGUUUACAUUUUUGGAGCAUAAAAACUUCCUUGAUAGAUACCAAGCGGCCAAAAAUGCAGGUUUCAAGGCAGUGGAAUCAGGUUUUCCACUAGAUAUUCCUUUUGAGGAAUUAUCUAAUGCUAGAGAAAAUGCACAAAUAGAACAUGUUCUCAUGAAUUCUUUUGAUGGUGGCUCUCAAGGACUUGCUGCAGUACCUGGUAGAGAGGAAGAAUUUAAGCAAUGCUUAGAGUUAUCUAUUAAAUAUGCAGAAGCUGUUAGAUGUACAAGACUGCAUGUAUUAGCUGGUGUGUUUCCAAAGGGUGUUACAAACACAGAUAACAAGUUGGCAGUGCUAUGGGAAGAGAUAUAUGUGAAGAAUAUGAAAUAUGCUGCUCAGAGACUAGAAGAGUGUGGAAUCACCCUCCUACUAGAGCCUAUCAGUACAAUACCAGGAUAUUUCCUGUCUCUUACACAACAAGCAAUCAAUUUGAUCAAGAAAGUAGACCAUAAAAAUAUGAAACUUCUUUUGGAUUUGUUCCAUCAUCAACGUACAAGUGGUAAUUUAACAGAGACUUUGACUGAUUGCAUGCCUUAUAUAGGCCAUAUCCAAGUAAGCCAAGUACCAAAUCGAAAUGAACCAAGUUUAGAUGGAGAAAUCAACUAUCCUUUUAUAUUCCAUCAAUUAGCUAAAUUAGGAUACAAAGGCUGGAUAGGCUGUGAAUAUCAUCCUAGAGGUCGAACAGAGGAUGGUUUAGGAUGGUUAGUGCCGUAUCUUGUUGAUUAAUAAAGGACUAAUCUUCCAGAUUGCUGCCCAGUUAGACUAGGCUUCAACAUUAACCUUUUGGAACUGCUGAAUAUAUAACAAACAGAGCCAGACAGAAUCAUUUGAAAGUUACCCAUUCAGGCUAGAAGUUUAACUGAAAAGAAAUCUUCAAGUUCUCACAGAACGAUCUUUCACGCACCAAUCUGUUUUUCUGCCAUAGUGGUAUAGGUUACAGUUGGAACUGUUAUUCUCUGAUGCCACUUCUCUCCCUUCUAAUUCCCCCUUCUAACUGCUAUACAUUCUAUUUUAACUCAUUGUAGAGAAUCUGGUUUUUUAUCUGGAUAACAUCCUCUAACUUGUCAUAAUAAUGUAAUAAUUUAUUUAUCGUCGAUGCCGUGGGCAGUGGUCGCUCAAUCUUCCGAGCAACGGGGCUCAUGUUAAUGUAAGGAGAAUUCACAUGUGAAUCACUCCAAGGGGUGAAACAGUCCGAUCAAUUUAUAUGUGUUUCUUAAAUUGUGGUUCAAGUUAUUGAGAAGGUGUUGUCAAUUUAAGAUCUCAUUGCUAAUGAUAAAUCCACUAUAAUUAUUUAUUUUUCACAAGUAAAGGCGUAAGAUGUAUUUUUAAUCUUUCAAAGAGUUUUGAAAUAUUGUAAGGAAAUGGUAGUUUUAUAUUAUCGUGUAUUAAAAGUAGGAAUAACUCCACAAGCUUU